AUGACUACUACCACAACAUCACGCACAUCCUCGACUUCAGCGUCGACCCUAAGUACUCGAACUACUAGUGCUAGUCCCACUAUCGUAACCCCUUUACCUACACAGCCGGGUAUGAUAGCCGGCUGUACAUUUUUUCAUCUCAUCGAGUUCGGCGAGUUUUGCGAUGCCGUAGUCCAAAACCUGAUAGAGGACUUCCCUGACCUGACAGUCGCAAAAUUGAUUUACUGGAACCCUGCCGUAGGGCCUGAUUGUGAUGGUAUCUACAGGGGGACAUAUCUUUGUGUUCAAGGGCCCGCUCCGCCUAUUAGUAGCCCGACCACGACCACACGCAGCAGUACUACUACUACAACAUCUAGUCGCACUACAACAACAAGCUCUACAAGCACUACAGCCUUUACGUACCCGACUCCAUCUUCUGGAACGGCACCAAAUUGUAUCAAGCUCGCAUACUUCCGGUCCACUGAUACUUGUGAUACCUUUAUCGCUAGAUAUGGACCGUCCGACGGGCUUACAAAAGCUAACCUAAUCUUGUGGAAUACGUUAUUACUACCUGACUGUUCUGGGUUAGGUGAUAUAAGAUUGCACAAUGUCUGUAUUGCUGUAUCUGCUACUUCCACAACCACAUCGUCUAGCACUACUACAACUAGCAGUCGAACCACUACGACUACUUCACGGACGACUACAACAACAGCCGUUACGUUUACUAGGAAUCCAACGUCAUUCCCUUCAGCUUCAACUCCACUCUGUGUCCCGACAACAACGACUCCAGCCCCCCCUAAAGUAACUGGUGGAGCGACAUUGAAUACAGCAAUUACGACUGCUUGUCAGCAACUCCUCGGUCCAUCCGGAUCCUUCUACAUGGAAGUUGGAAAUCCCUAUAAGACCACGGUGUUAGUUGGGGGGUAUCUGACACAGUUCUUGAUCCAAAUUAAACUUGGCGGCUUCUCAGUUACGCAGAGCUUGUGUGUCAGUCAGUUCCAGUCCAUCAAUACUAAGUGUACAAGUGGAAGCCCCGCUUUGACACCUGGUGGGUGCUUUUAUACAUCCGAUGCAAACAUGCAGUGUUGCAUCUUUACAUCAUGA